GCGGCUACGGCGCAGUCGGCCUGGCCGAGGUCCUCACGGGCCCGGGGCGGGGCUGUGGGCUCUGGAUGGCGGUGCCACGGCUGCUGCUGCUAGGAGGAGAGCACCGACUUGGCCCGGCGGAGGCUGCAAGCUGCACGGGUCUCGCAGGAGGGCCACUGAAGUAAGAAUCAAGCUCUACAAUGACAACUUAUUUGGAAUUCAUCCAACAAAAUGAAGAGUGAGAUGGAGUCCGGUUCAGUUGGAAUGUUUGGCCAUCAAGUCGGCUGGAGGCCACCAGAAUGGUUGUCCCAGUGGCAGCCCUAUUUACACCACUGAAAGAGAGGCCUGAUUUACCUCCUAUUCAGUACAAACCUGUUCUGUGCUGUAGGACGACCUGCCGUGCAGUUUUGAAUCCUUUAUGUCAAGUGGAUUAUCGAGCAAAACUAUGGGCUUGCAACUUUUGUUAUCAAAGGAAUCAGUUUCCACCUACUUAUGCUGGGAUAUCUGAACUGAAUCAGCCUGCUGAACUUUUACCUCAGUUUUCUAGCAUUGAAUAUGUAGUUCUGCGUGGCCCUCAGAUGUCUUUGAUAUUCCUCUAUGUGGUUGAUACUUGCAUGGAAGAUGAAGAUUUACAAGCCCUGAAAGAAUCCAUGCAGAUGUCAUUAAGUCUCUUACCACCUACAGCUUUGGUUGGACUGAUUACUUUUGGGAGAAUGUGCAGAGGCAUUUCCAAAAGUUACGUCUUCAGGGGAACAAAAGACCUGUCUACCAAGCAACUGCAGGAAAUGCUGGGGCUUUCUAAAGUGCCAGUUACUCAAGUAAUGCGCGGUCCUCAGGUACAGCAGCCACCCCCUUCUAACAGAUUCCUGCAGGGAAAGAGACCUUUGCCUUCCUCAGGGGUGGCCCUUUCCAUAGCUGUAGGACUACUGGAGUAUACUUUUCCCAACACUGGGGCUCGUAUCAUGAUGUUCAUUGGUGGUCCUGCUACCCAGGGGCCUGGAAUGGUGGUUGGAGAUGAACUGAAGACACCUAUAAGAUCAUGGCAUGACAUUGAUAAAGACAAUGCUAAAUUUGUAAAAAAGGGGAAUAAGCAUUUUGAAGCAUUGGCUUACCAAGCUGCUACAACUGACCAUGUUAUUGACAUCUAUGCCUGUGCGCUAGAUCAGACAGGUCUCAUGGAAAUAAAAUGCUGUCCCAACCUUACUGGUGGAUACAUGGUGAUGGGUGAUUCUUUCAGUACUUCCUUAUUCAAACAAACUUUUCAAAGAGUCUUUACCAAAGAUAUGCAUGGACAAUUUAAAAUGGGCUUUGGGGGGACAUUAGAAAUAAAGACCUCAAGGGAGAUAAAGAUUUCUGGAGUUAUUGGACCUUGUGUGUCUCUCAAUUCUAAAGGACCCUGCGUGUCUGAAAAUGAGAUAGGAAUAGGUGGCACUUGUCAGUGGAAGAUAUGUGGACUGAGUCCCACCACAACCCUAGCCAUAUAUUUUGAGGUUGUUAACCAGCAUAAUGCUCCGAUUCCUCAAGGAGGACAUGGUACAAUCCAAUUUGUGACCCAGUACCAGCAUUCCAGUGGGCAGAGACGUAUCCGAGUGACCACCAUUGCUAGGAAUUGGGCAGAUGCUCAGACUCAAAUCCAAAACAUCACUGCGUCCUUUGACCAGGAGGCAGCUGCCAUUCUUAUGACCAGGCUGGCAAUAUAUAGAGCAGAAACAGAGGAAGGGCCAGAUGUGCUCAGGUGGCUGGACAGACAGCUCAUUCGGCUGUGCCAGAAAUUUGGAGAGUAUCACAAAGAUGAUCCAAGCUCCUUCAGAUUUUCAGAAACUUUCUCCCUUUAUCCACAGUUUAUGUUUCAUUUAAGAUCUCCUUUUUUGCAAGUUUUUAACAACAGUCCUGAUGAGAGUUCGUACUACCGGUACCAUUUUAUGCAUCAAGAUCUGACCCAGUCUCUAAUCAUGAUUCAGCCUAUUCUAUAUGCGUAUUCUUUUAGUGGACCACCAGAGCCGGUUCUCCUCGACAGCAGCAGCAUUCUUGCAGAUCAUAUUCUUCUCAUGGACACAUUCUUCCAGAUUCUGAUGUAUCAUGGUGAGACCCCUGCACAGUGGAGGAAGUCGGUGUACCAGGACAUGCCAGAGUACGAGAAUUUCCGCCACCUCCUUCAGGCCCCGGUGGACGAUGCGCAGGAGAUCCUGCAUUCCAGGUUCCCGAUGCCGCGCUACAUUGACACGGAGCACGGUGGCAGCCAGGCCCAUUUUCUGCUUUCCAAAGUGAACCCUUCUCAGACUCAUAAUAAUAUGUAUGCCUGGGGACAGGAGUGUGGAGCACCUAUUCUCACAGAUGAUGCUAGUUUGCAAGUAUUUAUGGAUCACCUGAAGAAACUUGCUGUGCCAAGUGCUGCUUGACAUGCUCAGCGUGUUUGGACACCUCAGGAGAUGAAAUAACAUCGCAGUUACAUUUGUUCUUUUUUCACAUUUUUCUUUUCUUUCUUUUUUUCUUUUCUUUUCUGAGACAGGGUUUCAUUAUGUAGC